UUAGAAUCGGAAUCGAAGACAUUCUUUAAACGUUAAUUUAAACUACAUUUUUUGUUACAAAAUUAAAAGUUUACGUAUGAGUGUAUCACGGAAGCACAAAUGUGAUAUAAAUCAAUAGUUUAAGGUCAAGUUGAUGGUAAUUCCAGAAAUUUAUUACGGUCAUUGCGUUUAGUCAGAUGAGUCGGUGAAAAAUUUCAAAAGUUUUUUUUGAGGUGUGAUUGUUACGAAAAAAAAGGGUGCUUAAGAAUGUGAAGAAAGAAAUGAAUGGCAUGUAAAAAGUGGAGGGAAAACGGUAAGAAGAAACAACAAAAAAGUGUUGCGGACAUAGGUUCAUAUAAAUAAGAGCAUUACCAAAGUUUGUUCUUCAUAAAAUGGGAAGUUUUAUUUUUUUCGUUUUAUUAAUCUUUAAAUCUUCGUUUGCUUAUCAUGGUUUCAAUUUUAAUCCUGAUUUUCAUUGGGAUGAAAGUGAACAAUCAAAUUUUAAUCCAAAUUUCAAUGACAACAAAAAUAAAUUUCGACAAUUUAAUUCUGAUAGAAUUGUUUUCCAAGAUGAUGUUCCAUCGUCUUGGAAUCAUCCCCACAGAAAUUUAAAUAAUAAUAAUUGGAACAAUAAUAACGAUUGGAACAAUAAUAAUAAUUGGAAUAAUAUCAAUAACUGGAAUAAUAAUAAUAAUAAUAAUAACCGUCGUUUACCUAAUGAUCCAACUGAAUCGCCUUUAAGAACUUCAACUGUUCCUAUUCCUGGAAUGGCAACAACUCGAUCACCCUGUGAAAAUGCUUGCAGGAUUACUCAGGAAUACAAUCCCGUUUGCGGAACGAAUGGUAUAACUUACGCAAAUGAGAGAUGGUUAAGAUGUGCUCAAAAUUGUGGAAGAAGUGUUGAAGUUUCUUAUUAUGGAAGUUGUCCAAGAGUGGGAUAAACUUUUUGGCUACGCUAUUUAAAUUUAUUUAUAUUAUUCGAAGUUGAGGUUUCAAUAAUUUUGUAUCCAAUUUUUUUAUUUUUAUGUAUUU